CCCCACCCGUGAGAAUUGAGAUUUGACUAGAGGCAAGGGAGGAUCCAGACCGGAUUCCAGUUAUUCACGGCUCUUCCUGUCGUUGCCGGCGCGGUUCCUGGGACUCAGAUGGACCACACAUCCCCAACCUACAUGCUUGCUAACUUAACCCACUUACAUUCUGAACAACUUCUACAGGGUCUGAAUCUUCUUCGUCAACAUCACGAACUCUGUGACAUCAUUCUUCGAAUAGGUGAUGUUAAAAUCCAUGCUCACAAAGUGGUACUUGCCAGCAUCAGCCCAUAUUUCAAAGCUAUGUUCACUGGAAACCUUUCUGAGAAAGAGAACAAUGAGGUUGAGUUUCAGUGCAUUGACGAAACUGCUCUCCAGGCCAUUGUGGAAUAUGCCUACACAGGAACUAUUUUUAUUUCUCAGGACACAGUUGAAUCUCUCCUUCCAGCAGCAAACCUACUCCAGAUAAAACUUGUCCUGAAAGAAUGUUGUGCAUUUCUUGAAAGCCAGCUUGAUCCUGGUAAUUGUAUUGGAAUUUCUCGUUUUGCAGAGACAUACGGUUGUCGUGACCUUUACUUGGCAGCCACUAAAUACGUAUGCCAAAAUUUUGAAGCUGUUUGCCAGACUGAAGAGUUUUUUGAGCUUACACACGCUGAUUUGGAUGAAAUUGUUUCCAAUGACUGUUUGAAUGUAGCUACAGAAGAGACUGUUUUUUAUGCACUUGAGUCUUGGAUCAAUUAUGAUGUACAAGAACGCCAGAAAUACUUAGCGCAGCUACUUAACAGUGUGCGAUUACCAUUGCUGAGUGUUAAGUUUCUCACUAGACUAUAUGAAGCAAAUCAUCUUAUUCGUGAUGAUCGCACUUGUAAACAUCUUUUGAAUGAAGCCCUAAAGUACCACUUCAUGCCUGAACAUAGACUCUCUCAUCAGACAGUCUUGAUGACACGACCUCGCUGUGCUCCCAAAGUACUUUGUGCAGUAGGAGGAAAAUCUGGAUUGUUUGCCUGUUUGGAUAGUGUGGAGAUGUACUUUCCUCAGAAUGACUCUUGGAUUGGUUUGGCACCCUUAAACAUGCCUCGCCAUGAAUUUGGAAUAUGCGUUUUAGACCAAAAGGUGUAUGUUAUAGGUGGUAUUGAAACUGACGUGCGUCCUGAUUUCACUGUCAGAACACAUGAAAAUUCAGUAGAAUGCUGGAAUCCUGAUACAAAUACCUGGACUUCUCUUGAGAGAAUGAAUGAGCACCGAAGCACCCUUGGAGUAGUAGUACUUGCAGGAGAACUUUAUGCUUUAGGUGGUUAUGAUGGACAGUCUUACUUACAAUCUGUAGAGAAGUAUAUUCCCAAAUUAAGAAAAUGGGAACCUGUGGCACCAAUGACUACAACACGAAGUUGUUUUGCCGCAGCUGUGCUGGAUGGAAUGAUAUAUGCUAUUGGUGGGUAUGGUCCUGCCCACAUGAACAGUGUGGAACGUUACGAUCCAAGUAAGGACUCCUGGGAGAUGGUUGCAUCUAUGGCAGAUAAAAGGAUUCACUUUGGUGUGGGUGUCAUGCUGGGCUUUAUUUUUGUGGUAGGUGGACAUAAUGGUGUCUCACAUUUGUCAAGUAUUGAAAGAUAUGAUCCCCAUCAAAAUCAGUGGACUCUGUGUAGACCAAUGAAAGAACCCAGAACAGGAGUUGGUGCUGCAGUAAUUGAUAACUACCUUUAUGUAGUUGGUGGUCACUCAGGGUCUUCCUAUCUGAACACCGUGCAGAAAUAUGACCCUAUCUCAGAUACAUGGCUGGAUUCAGCUGGCAUGAUAUACUGUCGCUGCAAUUUUGGAUUAACUGCACUUUGACAAGUGUGGACUCAUGGAAAUAAUGAGGUGAUGAACCUCAUGUCGCAUGAAAGGAUGCCCAGUUUUCUAAAACUCCAAAGCUGCAUUGCUUUCUUUUUAACUUGAAAUGACAUGAAGACUCCAAGUUUUGUUGGUACUUUGAACUGAGAAGUAGCUUUGGUUGUUCUUGAUUACACAGUGAAUUGAUAAUCAAAAAAAAAGGAAAGAUCUUGCUAAUUGAAUUGUGCACUUUUCCCCUGCUAAUACUAGGAUAAAGUAGUUUUAUGUUUGUAAGUGUAUAUGUGGGGAAAACUUUUUUUUUUUAAGUUUUAGCUCUCUUCCUCGAUAUGUACCAUGAUUUACCAGGAUAAAUGAUGUUUGGAUGCUGGAGUGUAGUAAAUGACUGGACAGAGUGCUGAUACUGUCUGUUGGGUAUAAAUUCAUAUGCUUUACACUUUAAAUAAAGGGCUGCUUUUUUUGGUACUUUUAAGGGGUGUAAAUUAUAUGCCAUAGUGGCUCACCUGGACAUUCUUUCUGCUAAAUGGCUUUAGGACUGGGAACAUAAUAACUGUGCAAGACAAAUGCUUUUACUAUCAUGAUAUUUGGGGGCCUAUUUAAAGGAGUCAUAUUUACUGUUUAUAUCUUUUUUAUAUGGGCAGGUUAAUGCUGGUUGAAUUUACUUACCCAUCUAUGCUAUGCUAAGCAUGGAUAGAGUUAAGCAUAUCAGUUUAAUUUUUUAGUAGUACAGCAAGCUUCCCUGUGUUGAUGUAAAUAUUUGACAAAUGUUUAGUAUCAUACUUAGUGAAUAUUAGUUUUUCAUACAUGCUUAUAAUAAUUUCAGUUUUUUAAGACAUUUGUUUGCUUUUUCAAGUGUUCCAAUAUAAAAAUGGUGCUAACUGUAGGAACUAUAACAAAGCUAUAACAAUGUUCUUUUGGAUGUUCAGUAUGAGAUAUGCAUGACAUGUUUUGAUAGUAUUUUUCAUUUUACUGGUUUGAUUUAUUUGUACUUAUUAAAAAUGUUAGUGAAUAUACUAAUGAUAGCAUCCAAAAAUUACAUAAAUACCCAUGUUCUGCUUUCCAUAGUGAUUUAAAGAAAGAUACAUUUUGGUCUUUCUUUUUGUACUAAAUAUUACAUGUCCUUAAAAAUAGAAAUAUAUGCAUUAAAUUUAAAGCGCUGGGCAGUUAUACAUUACUCUGCAUUUCUUAGGUAACUGAAUAUUUUAAAGUUACUGAGGAAAACUGGAACUUAGUGUUUACUUGAGUAAUGGUUCUGAAUUUGGUCCUAUUUUGACUAAAGAAGUGCUCUUUUAAAGCAAAAUUGUUUGUUAUCGCCAAGUGAUAGUGUAUUUGAAAGAAGUGGUUGACUCAUUUUGUUUUAGCAUGUUUUAGUGAAUGUCUAUUAGUCUUGAACACCUAACCUUGCAUUUUUAUCAGGAUGCCAGUACUUUUAUUUUUGGUACUAUAGUCAUUUUCUUUUCUUUUCCAUGUUUUCUUUUUUUUUACCUGCCCACCAUCUUUUUAUAGUCUCUGCAAAACCAGUGUAUAUUUGUAAGAAAAUUUCAUACUGCAUUCUUAAGUGCCAUGUUUUAAACUAUUGUUAAGAAGCCAUUCUUAAUUAUAAAAAUGUAAGUUCAUUUGUUAGCAUAUGUGUUAUUUCUUGAAAACUGUAGCCAGGCAAUUUGCUGUUAUUCCUUGUUCUUCCAUAAACUGCCAGUUGUAGAUUUAAAUAUAUACUACCAAACUAUGUAAAAAUCACCUUUAAACAUUAGUAUCAUGCUUUAUGAAUAUUUGCACAGAUUAUAAAACCUUGCAAGUGACUUUUAGUCUCUUCUAACUAAGAACUCAACAGGAGCUAC